AUGGCGGACCAGCAGCGGCAGUCGGCUGAGCACGAUACGGCCAUGAACGAUGGCGCCACGAACAACUCAGCCCAGCACGAUACCGCCAUGAACAACUCAGACCAGCAGAUCAAUCCUGUUGAUCAAUCGAGCCAGCACAUCGCUACUGCCAGCACUCCAAAUCGACAAGCCACCAACGAUGUAGACCGGCGGACUGCCUCUCCUGACGCAACGAACAAGCACGUUAUCGACCCCAACGACCCUGCGUCCACCGUCGCAUCAAACCAGCAAUCCGCCGCUGUCAACAAUCCAAACCCGCAGGCCGCGACGACCGACACCCUGCGCGGCAGAACCAACCCUGCUGCCUCACGGAUCGGAAAAUCCCAGCGCUUCCCAUCCGCACCGCCAAACCGCAACCGAUAA